AUGGUGGCACUGGAUACGAGCGAAGAAUGGCAGCGCCAGACGGCACUUCUGCUGCAAGCACGGCCCACGACGACACGAAUAACGACCAAAUACAAUAUUCCCAACCUUGACUCACCGAAAUACGCACAGACGAAGAAGCGGAAAAGGGAUACAACGGACGAAGACAAAGAWGCGCCGGCAGGGCCUCGCGUGCCCCGAGCAACUUUAACGUUGAAGACUUAUGACCCCGAGUCCGGCGUGGUAUUGAAGUUCAAGACAGAUCGUGCGGCGGAGGUGGGGCGGUUGAUUGGCAGUCUGGGUCGGAUGGGAAGACAAAUGGCGGCGUUGCCGGAGAAGGCUGAGACACACGACACACAUAUGGAGGAUGCCACCAUGUUGGAAAAGGUGGUGGAUACAGUGAAGGAAGCGCUCCCUACAAGUGAUGCGAAACCUCAACAGCAAGGAGCCGGCGGAGGUAACAAGAAGAAGAAGAAGGGCAAGAAAUGA